CGGCCCGGGCUCGGGGGCGCGCACGCACUGUGCGUCACGGGCGUGCUCGGGGCUCGCGCCUGGCGCCGCUGGGAAAAGGCCCGCAGUGCGGCCCGCCAUGUUCUUCUCCGCGGCGCUGGCGCUCCGGGCCCGGGCUGCUGGCCUCGCCUCCCAGUGGGGAAAACAUACAAGGAAUUUGCAUAAGACAGUCGUACAAAAUGGAGCUGGAGGAGCCUUGUUUGUACACAGAGAUACUCCUGAGAAUAACCCAGAUACUCCAUUCGAUUUCACACCGGAGAACUAUAAGAGGAUAGAAGCCAUUGUGAACAACUAUCCGGAAGGGCAUAAAGCGUCAGCUAUUCUCCCGGUCCUAGAUUUAGCUCAGAGACAGAAUGGAUGGCUCCCCAUUUCUGCUAUGAAUAAGGUAGCAGAAGUUUUAGAAGUACCUCCAAUGAGAGUGUAUGAAGUAGCAACUUUUUAUACCAUGUAUAAUCGAAAGCCAGUUGGGAAAUACCACAUUCAGGUCUGCACUACUACACCCUGCAUGCUUCGGAACUCUGACAGCAUCCUGGAGGCCAUUCAGAAUAAGCUCGGAAUAAAGGUUGGGGAGACCACGCCUGACAAACUUUUCACUCUUAUUGAGGUGGAAUGCUUAGGAGCCUGUGUAAAUGCACCAAUGGUUCAAAUAAAUGACAACUACUAUGAGGACCUGACACCCCAGGAUAUCGAAGAAAUUAUUGAUGAGCUCAAGGCAGGCAAAAUUCCAAAACCUGGGCCAAGGAGUGGACGAUUUUCCUGUGAGCCGGCUGGGGGUCUUACUUCUCUAACAGAACCACCAAAAGGACCUGGCUUUGGUGUACAAGCAGGCCUCUAAUUUAUAUUCAGCUGUAAAUAUGUUGCUAAAAUAAAGUAUGAGUUAUCUGUCUAUAUAAA